AUGAAUUCAGUAUUAAUCCUUUGGACAUAUAUGAUCACCCUAGCACACUCAUGCUCUUAUCUUUAUAACAAUACAAUAUUCCUAACUGGAACCUUAUAAGAAGUGAUUAAUGUUCCUCUUUCCUCUAUCUUUCAUUAUGAUAACUAUGAAAGACUUACCUUAGAACAAAACAAUAAAUUCUUAACAAUAGCAGCUCCUCUAUAAAAAUAUUCAGAAACCAUUUUUGGAAAUCUAAAAAAUGCAAAAACAAUUCUUAUAAACUCAAAAAAAAUACAAAAAGUAGUGAUCCAAUUAAUCAUUUAACAAUUUUAGUAGUCGAAGAUGGAAUUUACUAUACAGGAUCAAAUGAUGGAAUUUAUUAAAUCUUGCCUGAUAUUUAAUAGUUAUAGGCUUUAUAAACAAAAAACUAAUCGAUCUGUCAAGAUAUAGUGUUUAUUGAUAAACUAAUUGUUGUAGAAUGUAAUGAAGAAAAAUAAAAUAAUUAUCUACUUGUGAUGGAUUCAAAUAAGACAAUAUAUCUAGAUGUCCAAAAUUCAACCUCGUAGUUCAUAAAACUGGAUUAAAUUGACAAUUAUAUGUACAGAGCAACCUAAAAAGAAAUUUAAAUAUAUAUCGAAGAAGAAAAUAAUUUAAAAUUUAUAAAUUCUUUAGAUUAAGAAACUUUAAUACAACUCAUUUAUUAAGACCCUAUUAUAAUUAAAGACUUUCAAGUUCAUACAAAUGGAUAGCUUAGCAUAAUGAUUGAUACUAAUAGAAUUGUCAUUAUUGAAUUUUAAAAUAAUUAAUGGAAAUUAGUUAAAUAAAUAUUGUUUCCUCUUUCAUUUAAUAUUUAGGGGUAUGACUAUAAUAUUUACACCUAAACUUAUGCAGCUAUUUCAAAAAACUAAAUCAUAUAUAAAAAUCAAACCAUGUAGUAAGAGCAAAUAGCAGAAAUCUAAAAUCAAGAUUCUUAAUAUAAAAUAUAUUUAAACAAAAAUUAUAUACUCUUAUUUGAAAAUAUGUAUGUUAAGUUAUUAAAUGAAAAAUUAACAAGUAUAUAUAAUUUACUUUUAGAUCAAGAUUAAUAUUUUAUAAUGACAAAUCAGAAUGCAUAAGGUUUUUUAAUAAUCACUGAUACUAAAAUUUCUGCUUAUGCAAUAAAUAAUUGUUAUUUUUUACAAUUAUCUAUAGAUUCUCCUAUUAAGGAUGAAUAUUAAAAAGCCACUUUAAUUUAAGAGGCUUACACAGGGCAUUGUUAAAUAACUAUAUUCUAUAAAACUGAAGAUUUUUAGUGUCAAAAGAUUUUAUAAUCAUAAUAUUCUGAAGGUUUCAUAGUAGGUGGCAUAAAUACAGAUAGUAAUGAAAUCAAAAUAAAUCCUAUAUUUUAAGGUCCAAACAUACAAUAUUUAAUUGAACCUAAUAGUUUAAUAGAAAUUUAAAUUUAAAAAUAUAGGCUUUCAUAUUAUUAAGGUAUUUCUGAUUCUCAAACUGGGGGCUUUCAUAAAUUUAUUCAACGAUAUCAAGAAUCAAGCUUUUAUCUUAUUUAAAAAGAUAUUGAUAAUUAAAUCAAAUAUUAUUCCUGUGAAGGUUAUCUAGAAAUAACUUGCUAAUUCCUUUUUGAAGAAGGUAAUUCAAAAUAAUUUUAGAAUAUAUCUCUAUGGUGGUCCAAUAAUGAAGAUUAUAUAUUUUCGGCAAUUUUUUAAAAUAAUACUGUUACAGUUUACUAUAGAUGUUUUUCUUAACCGGAAGAGAAAACUUUGACUACAAUUAUUUUAGAAAGUAAUGUAAAAUAGUUAAUUUAAAUUGGUUAACGUUUAGUCAUAUUAACAGAAUUAAAUAUCUAGAUAUAUGAAAUAUCAAUUUCAGAAAAAGCUAAGCUAAUAAUUACUUUUGAUUAAGUUGUAGAAAAAAUCUACAUGGUAGAAAAUCAACCUUUUUACCUCUUCUUUGAAAAAGAUAAAAACUUAUAUUUAUAUGAUAUUGAAUAUAAUUUUCAAACUCUUGUUUGGUAUACUACUACUUAAAGUUAAUAUUAAGAGUCAAAUUUAGCUAUUUUUUAAAAUCAUUUUGUCAGAAUAUUUAAAUCAAUCGAUGAAGAUGAAUAUAUUGUCACAGUCUUUAAUUAUGAAAAUAAAAGGAAUAUCUAUUUGGAGAAGCAAAUAUCAAUAAUUAAUUAUUCUGAUAUUAAUUUAUCUGAUCUUCUCUAUUCAUUUAAGAAUAAUCUAUUUUAUAUUAAAGCAUACAGUAAGUAAUCUUCAAGUUAUUUUGUUUUAGUCUAUAAGGUUACAUCAAAUAGUUUGGAUACAUUAUUUACUAAGAUUAAAAUAAAACCUAAUGAUAGAUUUUCUAUAUAUGAAGACUUCCUUUAUGUUGGUCCAAAAUAUUAUAUUAUUACAGGGGAUCUAUGCUAUAAGGCCAAACUCUAAGAAGAUUACACAUAAAUAUCAUAUACAGAACAGAUUCAAUUAGAUUUUGAAGUUACUAAUGAUUUAUAAGAUAAACUUGCUUAAUCUAUUUUUGUAAAUAGUAUAAACAGAGGUGAAAUACUUAUACAGUUAAGUAAUAAAAUCAAUCUAAAAUAUCAUGAGCGUAAUCAAACCAUGAUUUGUGUAGAUUUUGGAUAUGAUUGGUAUACAGGUUAAACUUUUGAUAUUGAUGUUUCCAGGAAUUUACAAAAUAUUGAAUACAAGUCAUCUCUAAAAAGGGAAAAGAACAAUUUAGAAUACAGUCAAUAAACUUAAGAGCUUAAUCAGAAUUUAUUAAUUUAAUUAAUAUCGAAUAAAGUUAGAAUUAUUAAUAAAGAGGAUUUUGUAUUAUAAGAAUAUAAUUUCGAUAAAUAUUAUUAAAUUACAUCUAUUUUACUAAUAGAUGGAGAAAGUAUAUAUGUUUAAGUUAAAUAAAGAGACAAUAUUUAUUUAAUGAUUAUUUAAUAUAGCAAAGAUUCGUAUUUAUACAAUUGUAUAUUAUUACAAUACUAAUUGCAAUUUUAAUCAAAUAUCAAAAAGGUAUUUCUUCACUAAAACAAUUUUUUUAUAUAUGUUGGAAAUUAGGUCUAAAUUUAUGAUACAAAUGGAAAUAGUAUCAAUUUAAAUUAAUUUUAACUAAUCUAAAUUUUGCCAUAGUAUGAAUAAAUUAAGUAAAUGGAAUUUACACAUUUAAAAGAGAAUGUCUAUCAAUUUAUUUCAGUUGAUAAUUGGGGUAACCCUGAAUUCUAAAUGAUAAAAAUAAAUGGAACAUCAACAAAGUAUUCCAAUGUAGACUUUUAGAUUUCAAAAUUGAUUUCUGAAUAAAAAAUAAAUUUACAAGAAAUUCAAUUAUCAGCUGGAUUUGUUUUAAGAAAAAAUGAGAUUACUAUAAUCUUUAAAAAUAGUGCAUCUUACUCUUUUAAUUAUGAAAUGGAGUGUUCAUUAUAUGAAUUAUGCUUAUUAGCUAAGUUUGAAUUUAGUGGCUUAUAUUAAUAAUAUUAAGGUUUCCAAUUGUGUAACUUUUAUUCUUAUCAAAAUAUUCUCUUAUUGACAUAUUAUAACAAAGAUUUUUAUCGAUUGUUUAUAUAUGAUAUGCAAAUAAAAAGCAAUAAUUCAAAACCUAAUAAUGCUAUCAAUAGCGUUUGGCUCUCUUCUAUAGAGGAGAUUUAAGCUUUCUCUUUUGUUUAUUCUUUUAAUGGUAAAUUACAACUAUUAACUCCAGAAUAUAACCAAUCAGGAAUUUUAUUACAUUAUUCACUAUUAAGAUCACAUUAACUAUGUAUAAAUAGCACUUAUUAUGAGGAUAAUAUUACUUUCUACUUAUUUAAUGUAGGUCCUAUGGUAGCUCGAUCCACUUAUAUGUAAGAGAGGGUGACAAUAGAAGGGGAUAUUCCUCCUCCUCCUCCUCCUCCUCCUCCUCCUCCCACUCCUCCUAAUCCUCCUGAAGAUUAAGAAAGCUUUCCUAUUUGGCUAAUUAUAGUAAUAAUUCUUGGUGGGCUUUUGAUAGGAGCAGGAUUAUAUAUGUAUUGCCGUCAAAAGGGAAAAAAAGAAUAGGAUAAUAACCUAUUGUUAGUUAAUUGA